AUUUUGAUUAACUUAAAAAAAUUAUUAUGUCCACCAAGGUUUUGCUCGUCGGAGCAGCGGGUGAAACCGGAGGUUCUAUCGCCAACGGACUGUUGGAUACCGGGAACUUUGAGGUUAUCGCUCUUGUUCGCCCUAUCUCGGCCCAAAAGCCAGCUAUAACGCGCCUUCAGGAUCGGGGCUGCCAGAUUCGGAAAUGCGACUUGAAGGCCCCAGAGGAGCAACUCAUCGAGGCGUUGACUGGGAUUGAUGUGGUUAUCAGCUGUGUUGGUCCUGCCGAACAACAGGACCAGAUUCCUCUCGCCAAGGCAGCCAAAAAGACUGGCGUGAAGCGAUUCGUUCCAUGUGGUUUCAUCACCGUCUGCCCACCGGGUGGUAUCAUGUGGUUGCGUGACGAGAAAGAAAUCGUCUACAACCAGAUUCGACAGUUGUGGCUUCCCUACACCGUCGUCGAUGUCGGCUGGUGGUACCAGCUCGCCUACCCCCGCCUCCCCUCCGGGCGUGUCGACUAUGCCAUGACAUCUGGCAACGAUGAGAUUAUUGGUGAUGGCAAUAUGCCCACAGCAUUGACCGACUUGCGAGACAUCGGUCGCUACAUGGCUAUGAUCAUCUCCGACCCCCGCACUUUGAACAAGAAGAUCCUCGCCUACAACCUGGUUCUCUCGCAAAACAAGAUCUACGAGCUCAUGGAGGAACUCAGCGAGGAGAAGAUCGAUCGAAACUACAUUCCCGAAGAAACCAUCUGCAGCAGAGUCGUGGCGGCCCGACAAGCCAGUGAAACCUACCCCUUCGACCCGAUCAAGUUCAUUCCGCGAUACCUGGCCGAAUAUCAGCUGUCCUGGGGAAUCCGCGGCGACAACAACCCCGAGUACGCCAAGUAUCUCGGCUACCACACCACACAGGACCUGUACCCCGAAUUCCAACCUACAGAUUUCCGCGAAUAUCUUGAGUCGGUCAUUCGUGGUGCGGCCAAGGGUAUUUACACCGAUCGCGUGAUCUCACGGAAGCACCAACGACACUUCCCACGUACCGAGUCCAGCGAUUCCCUCUACACGCGUAUAUUCCCCCGCACGGAGUCGAGCGAUUCGCUCAUGUCGCGAUGAAUUGAUGAAUAGGAGAACCCCUGUUACGUAUCUCGCGUUACCCCUCCGCCUCACCCAGGAAGCGACCGUUCCAGACAAACGCCUGCCCCAAACCGCUGCCAUUUGGGAAUAUUUGACAAAGACUUUCAUGACACCUCUCUCCUCCCCCUCUGACCCCAUUUGACGGGGCCAUGGAACUCAGUAUGCAACCGACUGGUGCUUUUUUUUGGGGGGUGUCGAUAACCUUGGGCGUUUGUGAUUUUAUGGCCUUUGAUAGACGCUGGCUACUUUUGAUGCCUCCUUGAUGGGCUUGGUGGCAAUCCUUAGAGCUGGCAUAGGAAAUGCUUCUAUUUUUUUUGUUCCUGCCAUUCAAUUUCGAUUGUCCCGUGAUGGGAUUUCUGCAUAUAGAAAAUAUAUCCCAAUC